AUCAACCUGAAGAACAAUCCAUAAUGCAAUUAAGCAAAUCCGAAAAUGAAUCACAUCAACCCAAGCCCUUCGAGUUUGAUUGUUUAAUUGAUGUUAAAAAAUUUUGCGAAACACCUCGAGAAUUAAUUGCAGUGUCAAAUAAUAAACUUAUCGCAAUACAAUCACACACCGGAAUAAUUGAUGAUCAUUUAUGGGUUCAAGAGGUUUCUAAAAAGCAAUGGAUCAAAUAUUUACGAGAGGAAUUAAAUGUUUAUAAUGAAAUAAGAGUUUUACCUAAAAAAUCUCAAAUAGAGGAGGUUUUGAAAAAAUUUAUAGACAAUAGCUCGAUAAGUGAGAUGAAUGAAACACAAUCAUGUAAAGGUUCAUUAGUAAAAUGGGAAGUAUAUGGAAAUAAAAGAAUUAUAAAAGCUUUUUUGAAAAAGUCUGAUUUGGAAUCUGUAGAAUAUAAUUUAAAAUUAAAUAAUCGAAUUUAUUAUACAGGUGGAAGUUUAGAUUUGUAUAUUUAUACUUAUAAAGUACAAAAUAAUAAUUGGGAUGAUACUAUUGAAAUACCAUUUCUUCCUAAAAUGCUAUUAAAAAUUGUAAAUUUAUAUAAAGAUAAAAAUGAGUUAUCUCAAAAAUUCGAAAAUAUUACAAAAGAGAUAAUUCAAAAAUUAACAAAUGAUGAAAAAAAGGAAAUUCAAAAAUUAGAUAAUGAAAAGAUAAUUCAUGAACUAAAAAAAAAUUUAUUAAAAGAGAUAGAUAGGUUAGAAAAUUAA